AUGAAGACGCACGCGGCCCUGUUUUUCUACGCAGUCGCGCCGCUAGUGGCGAGCGGCUACAGAAUACUCGGCAUAUUCCCGUCGACGGAGCGAAACAAUCACUUGACGUACCGCGGCCUGUUCCGGGAGCUCGCGAAUAGGAACCACGACGUGACGCUUAUUUCACACUUCCAACUGGCGGACGCGCCGGCCGGCUAUCGUGAUAUACUCCUCAGCGACAACAAAGCCUACAAAGGCCUAUCGUUCGAGUCCGUGAUACCGAGCGAGACGUCGCGGGUGCCCUUCGAAACUCUUGUGUCGACCAAAUCGGGGAAUGACGACUGCAAAGUGCUGAUGAACAACCAUCAAGUGCUACACAUGAUACGGACUCGGCCGCGAUAUGACGUCAUACUGGUGGAGUCGUAUAACAGUGACUGCGGCAUCGCUCUAGCGGCGAACCUUAGCGCGCCCUACAUAGCUUUCAACCCGCAACCAAUUCAGCCGUGGCAGUACAACAGGCUUGGCAUAAAUUUCAACUCCGCCUUCGUGCCCCAGUCGCACCUGCCUUACGGGAAGCACCCUUGGUUUUUUGACAGGCUGAAGAGCUACAUAUUGUACCACUUAACCAACGGGGUGUACUACAUCGGAUCCCAAGUUACCGACCACGUCUACCUUUACAAGUACCUGGGCGACGAUCUGCCACCCCUGGAAAAGUUCGCGUCCAACGCCAGUCUAGUGUUUGUAAACACGCACCAAUCAGUGUACGGUGGUGUCUCGAGGGCUGAUAACGUUAUUGACAUCGGAGGUAUACAUGUGAGGCCACCUAAAAUAAUACCGACCGAAAUAGAAAGAUUUAUAAACGAAGCGGAGCAUGGAGUGAUUUACGUAAAUUUAGGUUCUGCUAUAAAAGAUUCUACGUUGCCCAAAGAGAAGUUAGACGAGCUAUUGUCAACAUUCAGUAAAUUGCCCUUACGAAUUCUCUGGAAAUGGGAUGGUCAGGCCAUUGUAAAUCUGCCCAGAAACGUCAUGACAUUGCGAUGGUUGCCACAAUACGAUAUCCUUAAGCACGAUAACGUAAAGGUGUUCAUCUCUCACGCUGGCAUACUGAGCACGAUAGAAGCCAUCGAUUCCGGUGUACCAGUCGUUGCUAUACCUCUGUUUGGUGACCAAUAUGGGAAUGCAGCCGCUUUGGUGGAUGCCGGUGUCGCUGCGAUGGUUCCCUACAGUGAUCUGAGAAAGACGCUGCUUUUGGAUGCUGUAAAUGAAGUGUUAGAUGCGAAAUGCCAACAACGUGCUCGAGUUGUGUCCCGAAUUUGGCAUGAUCGCCCUAUGUCACCAUUGGAGACUGCUAUUUAUUGGACGGAGUACGUAGCAAGAUACAACGGUGCUCCCAACCUAGUGGCGGCAUCUGUUACUGUACCAUUCUACCAGUUUCUUCAGCUUGAUGUGUUAUCCUUCAUCGCUUUAGUUUUAUACAUUCUCACAUAUCCAGCCAGUUUCGAACUGGCGCGGAUU